CACAAAAGCAUAUAUAUAUAUAUGCCAAAAAUCCUGGUCAGAAUACCAACUUAAAGGACUUCUUUUUCUCCAGAGUAGUAUGUCUAGCUAUGGAGCUCCAAUAUUCAUUAUCCCUCACCAUUUUCCUUAUCAUCUUCUCCUUGUUUUGGUUUGUAAAACAAAGCAGAUCUUCCACUAAGCUCCCUCCAGGUCCAUGGAAGCGACCUGUCAUAGGGAAUUUACGCAACUUGGUACGCUCACAACCACAUCAUGCUCUUCGAGAACUAGCCAGGAAACAUGGACCUUUCAUGCAUCUACAAUUAGGCCAAGUUGCUCAAGUAAUUAUAUCAUCCCCAAGGAUGGCCAGAGAGAUAAUGAAAAUGCAUGACCUUCGCUUCGCACAAAGGCCAGAACUUCUUGUGAUGCAAGUCUUGACCUAUGGUGGCUUAGACAUUGCCUUCGUUCCAUAUGGAGAUUACUGGAGGCAGAUGAGAAAAGUUUGCAUUAUAGAGCUCCUAAGCAUUAAGAGGGUCCAAUCUUUCGCUUCUAUUCGAGAAGAUGAGGUUUGGAAUCUUAUUCAGUCUAUUUGCUCAUCUGCAGAACUAAUCAAUUUUACGGGUAAGCUUUUCUCCUUAACGAGUUCCAUAACAUGUAGAACAGCAUUUGGUGAUAAAUGCCAAGACGAACAUGAGUUUAUAUCAUUGUCAGAGGAAGCUAUAUCAUUAGUAGGAGGAUUUGAUUUAGCCAAACUGUUUCCUUCAAAUAAAUUUCUUCAAAUAACAAGGCGGAUGGCAACUAAUAAGUUGAAGAAGGUUCGCUGCAAGGUCGAUCAGAUUCUAGAAAAUAUCAUCCAUGAACACAGACAGAAAAAUAUGGCACAAAAAAAUGGUGGGGAUGAAAGUCGGCCGCAGGAGGAACAUCUAGUUGAUGUUCUGCUACGACUUCAGCAAAGUGGCAGACUUGAAUUUCCACUCACAAUCGACAACAUAAAAUUUGUGAUUUAGGAAAUUUUCAUUGCUGGAACUGAUACUUCAUCAAUAACAGUGGUGUGGGCAAUGGCAGAAAUGAUGAAAAACCCAAGAGUGAUAGAGAAGGCACAAGCUGAGGUAAGAAAAUAGUGCCAAGGAAAUAAAAGACUACUUGUUAGUGUAAUUUCACUU